AUGAAAAAUAAUUACUCAAAUCUGUUAGAAGAAAAUACAUAAUUAAAGCAAAACAUAGUAGAAUUGGAAAUGACACUCUAAGAAUUGGUUCGCCAAGAUUCCCUUAUCGAGAAAUGGACCGUAAUGAAAAAUUUUGUACUUGUAUCUACAGAAGUCGAACGAUUGUCUUUGGCCUAUGUUGCAUUGGAAAAGCAAUAUUAGUAACUAUAGAAUUCCAAAGACUCGAAUCAAAACGAAUCUAAAAUUAAGAUGCUUAUAACAUAAUUGGAAGAGUUGAAUUCCAUCAUGAUUUCUCAAUAGAAAAGAAUUGAUGAAUUGAAUAACAACAAUUAUUUAUAACAAUAGCUGGUUGAUGAGACUAAUUAAAAAAUAGAAGUCAUUCUUGAAAUGAAUAAGCAAUUAAAAAAUAACGAAUAGAAUCUACAAUAAGAAAAAUAAAGCCUAUAGAAUUAAUUAUAGGAAUCUAAUAAUGAGUUGAACAAUGUCAUGCAUACAUUAAAAGAAUGCGAAGAUAUGUUCAAAAGUACAUUAAACAAAUAAGAAACAGUAAUAGAAAAUUUAUCCUCAUAAAACACUUUUUUGAAUAAUGAAGUACUAAAGAAGGAUAAGUCCAUUGAAUAAUUAAUGAAGAAAAAUAAAGAGUUGAUUCAAGAUGUAGAAAGAAUAGAUAAAAAGUAUGUAGAAUAAUCAAUAUAAAUGAAGAAAGUUUCUAAAAUGUUUGAAUCUCUAGAACAAGAAUACAAGAAUUAUCAGUAAUAGCAAUAAGGUAAUCAAUCAGAAUUUUACACUCUAACUAAAAGAUUGGAGCACAAAAACUAAAUACUAGUUGAAAUUGAGAGCAGAUUUGAUAAAUUAAGCAUAGUGGCCAAAACUCAAGAAAAUCAACUCAAAGACAAUGAACUUAAAAUUAAAUAGUUGAGAUAAUAAAUUAUGGAAUAACAAAUGCUCAUUGAUGAAUUGAAAAAUGCCAAUAAAACAACUAAACACGAUGAUGAAAAUGAAAUAAAGGAACUUAAUUUAUAAGUUAAGAGACUAUAAGAGAAAUUAAAUGAAGCAAGAUAUGAAUUAGAAAAAGAAAGUACUUAGAGGAACAAGCUCUAAUAAUAGAAUGAAGUCAAAGAUAAAGAGAUUGAUAAAUAAAAUAGUUAAUUAGAGCAAUUAAAAAAUGAACAAAAAUCACUAUAAAAGGCAGUUUAAGAUUUACAUCAAACUCUUAACAUAUAAAAGGAAUUAUACUAGAAGUCUUAAGCUGAAUAGAAUAGCUUGAAAGAAUAGCUCCAUGUUCUGUAAGAAAAUAAUUAGACCCUCGAUCUAUUGAACAUAGAAGAUUAAUGUUUAUCUUUAAAGAAUGAAUGCUAACAAUUAAGAAAUGAAGCUUAAUAUUACAAAUAUCAAAAUUAUCAAUAUGUAUCAUAGAUAGAAGAAUUAAGACAAACAAAGACCUAUCUGAGUAAUUUGUUGAUGGAUAGAAAGUAUUAUUGA